ACUAACCAGAACCUUGGAAUGCGUUCGCGUUUCGUUCCACAAGUAAUUUCAACAACGGGCGCCUACCAUAACCGAGAGAGGGGGAGCCGAGGGUGAGACGAAGAGUUUUCGCCAAUAUCACAUCGCCAUUUAGUCGUUAAGAUAACCGUUGUAGUUAUCCGUUUAGGAUACAGUCCUGCAGUUUGAAGCUUUUAUGAAAAUAUAUUCUAAAUAUUGGCAGCCUAACGGAUAUGCCUGAUAACAACAUAGUUGUCCUCCCCUAAUAUCAUAGUAAAGUAACUUGUCGCUUGAUUGACGGGUCCAUAUUAUUGUAGGAUUUUUCUUCCUACUGGAGAAAGGACUGUAAAAAAAAAAACGAUCAGCGAAAAAUAAACGUGGACGAAAGUGAAAUAUCAAGAAAGACUGUCGGGAGCUUCCGACGAGGUACACGCGUGAAAAACAAGAAAUAACUAAAGAAGAGACAGGAGUUGUGUCGUUUGCAUAUAUUUUAUAAAUAAGUCCUUAUUUUGGCUGAACAUUUUUGUUAAUUUAGGGACGUGAACAAGUGACGCCAUGACGACUGAGAUGCAGGAGAUCGCCAUUACGGAGGAGAAGCCUUUACUUCCGGGUCAGCCCGAUCCUGCAAAGGAUGCUGAGGCUGCAGCUCGAAUACUGUUGGACCAGGGCCAGGAACACAGUAUUGAGACACCUCAUGGUCUCCUCCACGUGACUCUCCAUGGAACCUCUAACACACGCCGUCCCGCCAUCCUCACCUUCCACGAUGUGGGCCUGGACAGUAAAAGCUGCUUCUCUCCUCUGUUUAAAUUUGAGGAGAUGCAGGAGAUAGUGAAAAACUUCACUCUGGUCCACAUUGAUGCUCCUGGCCAAGAGGAGGGGGCCGCCACCUAUCCUAUGGGAUUCCAGUAUCCGUCCAUGGAGCAAAUUGCAGAGAUGAUCCCUGCAGUCCUGACAUAUUUCAAUUUCCGUUCUGUCAUCGGAGUUGGCGUGGGAGCUGGGGCGUACAUUCUCUCCAGGUUCACAAUGGCCCACCCAGACUCAGUUGAAGGUCUCGUUCUCGUCAACAUUGACCCUCAGGCUAGAGGGUGGAUGGACUGGGCUGCCCAGAAGAUCACUACCCUGACAUCCUCUCUCACAGAGCAGAUCUUGAGUCAUCUCUUCAGUCAGGAGGAGAUGUCAGCUAACGCAGACCUGGUGAAGUCACACAGAGAUCGCAUCUCUAAAGCCCCCAACCUCAUGAACAUCGAGCUUUUCUGGAGGGGCUACAACAGCCGUAGGGAUCUGAUCCUUGACCGUACCAGCAACUUCAAGUGUCCUGUGAUGCUGGUGGUCGGGGAUCAGGCGCCGUAUGAGGAGGCUGCUGUGGAGUGCAACAGCAAACUGGACCCAACAACAACCUCAUUCCUCAAGAUGGCAGAUGCUGGCGGUCUUCCCCAGCUUACCCAGCCCAGCAAAUUGACCGAGGCUUUCAAGUACUUCAUUCAGGGGAUGGGCUACAUGGCAUCAUCCGUCAUGACCCGCCUGUCUCGUUCGCGCACCACCUCGCUGUCUUCCUCUUACUCCAUGGAGGGGGAGCGCGAGCGUUCUCGUACCCUGUCUCAGAGCUCUCAGGGUGGGCAGAUGCCCCCCAGCCCCUCCCAUACCAUGGAGGUGUCCUGCUGAAGAGAGAGAGAGACAGAGAAUGAGUGUGUGUGAGAGAGAGAGAGAGAGAGAGAGGGGGAUGGAGGAUGGAAUGGAGAGAGAGCGAGGGAUGGGUAGAGGGCAGAGGACCAGCUGAGAGAGAGAAGGUUUUAUGGGAACGUGGAUGUAAAGGAGAGGUAGAGGGACAGAGGGAGAAUGAAAGACAGUUACUUAAACACUGUCAUCUAUUAAUCUCUUCACCCAGACAGCGAAGGGUAAAGGGAAUGGAUAAACGAAAAACGGGAAUGGAAGAAAGGAAGUUUUUAGGAACAAGGGAGGGAAUAUAAGGAAAAGGGUAGCAAGGAACGUGUGUUUUAGGGGCGUCGGCAGUCCUUUCUCCCCCUCUAUCAGAACAUCUGUUAGCCAAUAGAGCCUAUUAACCUAGAGAGUGGAAGUGGCCUGUAGUGAUCUCACCGUAGUGUUCACCAGUAGAAAUAAUUAUGAUGAUGAGAAAGAUUAUGAUGAUAUUAACACUAUUAAUCAUGACAAUGACAAUAAUGUCAUAGUAAUAUUAUUUAAAAAAUGAUCUUUAUUUUUGAAGUAUGAAAUACAAGGGGGAAAAAGACUACAGCAGAAAUACUUCAAAUGAAAAUGUGUGUCUGUCAACUCUUUUAAUAAAACAUGUUUGGUCUUUUUCAUUUUUUCUUUUUGUGACCUGCCUCAGUGAAGGGUUGAAGUUUCUCAUUGGUCACUUGAUCCUUAACCAUAGCAACGGCCAGUGAGAAUCUACUUCCUCCUCGCUGUUGCCAGGUAGAUACUUUCUUCCAUUGGCCCUGUUUAAAAGUGUAUCUGAUUUCAGCUCAUGUGAAAAUAGAUGUUUCCUUUUUCUUUUAUAUGUGAAGAUGAGUUUGUUGGUACAUGUGUGUUUGUGAUGUAGCUGAUGAGGAAUAGCAGAGGAUGAUAAUGAAGAUGGGGAUGGCUGAUGAAGAGUGACAUUGUAUGAGUGAGUGAACUAUGCCAUUAAAUCAGUAACUGUAAAUCAGUGCGUCCAAUGCUGAUGGCAGUUCCAGACUUGACCAUCAAUAAGGUGAAAAAUCUGUUGAUGUGCCCUUGAGGAAGGCACUUAACCCCUAAUUUGCUUCAGGGGCACUGUACCACUAUGGCUGCCCCUGUAAAAAAUAACAUCUUCGGGGGUCACUGUGCUAUGGGGUUUAUGAUGACAUACAUUUACCUGCAUACAUACACUACUAACAUACUUGAGUCUUUAUCAAAGGGAUAAGCUAGCUAAUACCUUCUUGGACAAGCAUACUAUACAUGUUUUGUGAUCACUAGAUGUAGGCAUUGCAUAGCCCUAGAGUGAUGCACUGAUCAUGACUGACAGCUGAAAGCACCAAUAGCAUGUCUGUGUGUCAGAUUGACAGCCGAGAACCAAUAGCAUGUCUGAAUUUGGAGCUAUGAGGGUGCUUUUUGUUCCAGAAGAUGUGAGCGGGAAUUAAUGCUAUCUGUAAUUCUGUCAUGCAGUGGAAGGUACUUGGAUAGUGUACGUGAACAAGGCAAUUUUUAGGUUGUGUGUGUGUGUUUGUUUCUGACUGUGUUUAUGUGCAAGUGUGUGUGUGUGUAUUUGAAAGCUCUCAUACCUUCUAAGCACAAUUUAAGAGGAGAGGUGAGGAAAGGAGAGUCCACCCCAUGUCCCAUUGGACCUUCUUAUGAUCUGACAAUGAACCAGCCCCUUCACUCCCAAUAGGGAAUAGCCAACUACUACACCCUAAACCUAGAAGCCUGACCGUUCACACUGAUUUUACAUUUUAGUAAUUUAGCAGAUGCUCUUAUCCAGAGAAAUUAGGGUAAAGUGCCUUGCAUAGCAGAUUUUCAGCUAGCCAGCUACAGGGUUCGAACCAGCAACCUUUCGGUUUCUGGCCCAACGCUCGUAACCACUAGGUUACCUGCCAUCCAGCAGUUAUACUAUAGGAACUGUUCCCUGUGUGUACGAAUUUGGGGUGGCAGGUAGCCUAGUGGUUAGAGUGUUGGGCCUGUAAACGAAAGGUUGCUAUAUUGAAUCCCUGAGCUGACAAGUUAUAAAUCUGUCUUUCUAACCCUGAGCAAGGCAGUUAACGCACUGUUCCUAGGCCAACAUUGUAAAUAGGAAUUUGUUCUUAACAGCACAUCCAUGUGGAGCUCAACACUGCCCUGAUCCGGAUCAAUGAACACACUGUUAAAGGCCCCGAUUAAAACAGAACACACUUGGAGAGCUGUGUGUGUGAGAGAGAGUGUGUCUUUUUGGUUUCUGUAGUUGCGUGCAAUCAUUCAUAAUGGCGUAUGUCGCAUUUUGAUCACUUUGAACUUUACAUACCCGUUUGGGGUUUGCUUGUUUCUUUCCCAUUCUCUUCAGAGCUCCUCCCCAUACAUCACUUUGUUGUAGUAGAGCGGGUUGGAUGGUUGAUGAUAUUGAAGAAUCCGAGGUUAAGUCAGUAUGAUUGGGUGUAUUUUGAUGAUGGUGGUGGUGGUGAUAUUUCUAGAUAAUAACAGGAAUGUUAUAUUGAUAAUGAGGAGAAGGGUGAUGAAGACUGAAGAACAGAAGGAAUGAUAAGACUCCUCCCAGUCUUGCAAGGGAGCAUCUACCAAAAAAUAUGAAAACGGAUGAAGCUUAAUAGUUUACCAGGAAAAGGGGGCGGAACUUAUUGUUUGAGUUGAGAGUGGGCUAGGGUUGUGUGAAUGUACACUUGUCCAUUUCUUUUGUGUUUAUUCUUGAUUUACCUUCAAUUAUAUUAUUUUAUCCACCUUUACUUUGGACAAUUUUGUUUUACUACGUGAAGUGUUAGUUUACCGUCCCAGUUAGCUCAAAGGUUAGACAAUAGUGUGUUAGUUCUUGUGUAACUUUUUUAGCAUUAGCCCCAAAAAAAAGGAAGAAUAAUACCAAUAAUUAACCUAAAAAAAGUUAAAGAAUAUCAACAUACAAUCAAACGUACUUGUGUGGCUAAUUGGUCUGUAUAAUACAAUGAACAACCUAAAAAAUUCAAUAAUAUUAAAAGAAGAAAAAAUAA